AUGAAGGACAACCCUCCAUGUGAUAAAGUGGCCUUCAGAAUGGAAAUCAGAUUUCCAGCAGAGUACCUGUUUAAACCACUGAAGACCACAGUUAAAACAAAGAUCUAUCACCUAAACAAUGACAAAAAGGAGCGAGUCUGUUUGCCAGUAAUUAGUGCUGGCAACUGGAAGCCAGCAACCAAAACUGACCAAGUAAUCCAGGCUGUCAUAGCACUCGUGAACAACCCCCAGCCCGAGCACCCAUUUCAGGCUGACCUAGCUGAAGAGUACUCUAAGGACUGUAAAAAAUUCUUUAAGAAUGCUGAAAAGUUUACAAAGAAAUAUGAGGAAAAGCGACCCAUGUACUAA